AUGGACGAGGCCGUGGCUCGCUUUGGUGACGGCCUGCAGCAGGUCUUGUCACCGCAACCGCAACAGUCGUCGCAAAAGAUUCUCUUUGAGACCGGAUCGUUUACAGGAUACCAUUCCCUCUCUUCUGGGUUUGGCCAUGGGUAUCUGAGCGCGGAAAGGACUUUGAGACAGCCGUUAUGUGGAAAUGAAGAAGGUUGGGGUCCCUUGAGCCCCUUUCGAUGGGACUUUACGCCUUGCUUUAUCGAUGUCUGGGUGGCUUCUGUUGCUGCAUUUGGAAUCAUUGCUGGGUCAUUGGCCAUCGGGUGGUUGAUCAAAUGGAGGAAACCAAAUCCAGUUUCCAAGGAUUGGCACUUUUGGACCAAGCAGGUAUUGCUCGGUCUCAUCAUCGCCAACGUUGCGGUUCAACUUGCGUUCCAAAUCAUCAGUUAUCCCGGUAUCUGGUACGGCGACUUUAGAGUGUACACAACCGUCGCAACUAUCGUGUCUCUCGGUGUGGUUUUCACCAUCCAAUGGCUCGAGCACGAAAGACUGCGAAACGCCAACGGUGUCGUCCUCUUCUACUGGCUAUUUCUUAUCAUCGCCCUCUCCGUCAAACUUCGAUCUCUGAUCUCGCAGCAGAUCUUUGCCAGCAACCUGCCCUACUUUAUCACCUAUUGCGUCGGCUUUGGCCUUUCGAUUGCCGAGUUUUUCUUUGAGUGGUUGUGGCCCAAGAAGAACUCUACAUACGAGGCUCUGGUAGACGAAGAGGAGUGUCCUGUGGAAUACGCCACUGUCUUUUCCCUUCUUACCUUCUCGUGGAUGACGCCACUUAUGAAGUACGGUUACUCGACUUUCCUGACAGAGGAGGAUCUUUGGGGUCUUUCCAAGACAGAUACCACAAAGGCCACGGGUGAGGCGUUUGCCACUGCCUGGGAGCACCAACUCAAGACUCGCAAGAACCCGUCCAUUUGGUUGGCGCUUAUUCGUGCUUAUGGUGGUCCUUAUAUGCUCGCUGCUCUGUUCAAAAUUGGCAACGAUAUCUCGCAGUUUACCCAGCCCCAGCUGUUGAAGUAUCUGCUCUCUUUUGUCGACUCCUGGAACCUUCCUGGCGUGGAGCGCCAGCCCGUGAUCAAGGGCGCAUCGAUCGCUCUGGGUAUGUUUGCUAUCGCUGUCUUCCAGACCACCAUGAUCCACCAGUAUUUCCAGCUUGCUUUCGUUACCGGUAUGAGGAUCAAGGGUGGCUUGACCUCGGCAAUCUACAAGAAGUCAUUGAGACUUUCGAACGAGGGCCGCAAGAGCAAGACCACCGGAGACAUUGUCAACUAUAUGGCGGUGGACGCCCAGCGGCUGCAGGAUCUUACGCAGUUCGCCCAGCAGCUGUGGUCUGCCCCUUUCCAGAUUAUCAUCUGCUUGGCCUCGCUAUACCAGCUCGUCGGAUGGUCUAUGCUUGCGGGUGUUGGUGUCAUGAUCGUCAUGAUUCCGAUCAAUGGCAUGAUUGCAAAGUUCAUGAAGAAUUUGCAAAAGAAGCAAAUGAAGAACAAGGACGCCAGGAGUCGACUCAUUGCCGAGAUUGUGAACAACAUGAAGAGCAUCAAGUUGUAUGCCUGGGGUGCGGCCUUUAUGAACAGGCUCAACUACAUCAGAAACGAUCAGGAGCUCAAGAACCUGCGCAGAAUUGGUGCUGGCCAGGCCUUUGCCAACUUUACAUGGUCCUCGACACCCUUCUUGGUGUCCUGCUCGACAUUUGCGGUGUUUGUCUUCUCUGGCGACAAGCCCCUGACCACCGACAUCGUCUUCCCCUGCUUGGCCCUCUUUAACCUUCUCACUUUUCCUCUGGCGGUUCUACCCAUGGUCAUUACCUCCAUUAUCGAAGCCAGUGUUGCUGUCGGUCGCCUUACCUCGUUCCUCACCGCCGAAGAGAUCCAGCCUGAUGCUGUUAUUGUCAAGCCAGCAGCUGAAGAGCUCGGCGAGGAGACUGUCACCAUUCGCGAUGCUUCCUUUUCUUGGAACCGCCACGAAAACAAGGACGUCUUGCACGAUGUCAAUUUCUCUGCUCACAAGGGAGAGCUGUCCUGCAUCGUAGGCCGUGUCGGAGCAGGCAAGAGCUCUUUCCUGCAGAGUGUCCUUGGCGACCUCUGGAAGGUCAAGGGCGAUGUUGAGAUCAGAGGCUCAAUCGCCUACGUCAGCCAGACCUCUUGGAUCAUGAAUGCUACUGUCAAGGAAAACAUCAUCUUCGGCUAUCGUUAUGACUCCAAUUUCUACGAAAGGACCGUCAAGGCCUGCGCUUUGCUCGAUGACUUUGCUCAGCUUCCUGACGGCGACGAAACCGUGGUGGGAGAGCGCGGCAUUUCUCUCAGCGGUGGCCAAAAGGCCCGUGUCGCCUUAGCCAGAGCUGUUUACGCGAGAGCUGAUAUUUACUUGAUGGACGACUGCCUAUCCGCUGUGGACUCUCAUGUCGGACGUCACAUUAUCGAUAACGUCCUUGGCCCCAAGGGUCUUCUGAGCUCCAAAACAAGAAUCCUCGCCACGAACUCGAUUCCAGUCUUGAUCCAAUCUGACUACAUUUGCAUGCUCAAGGAUGGCGAGAUCGCCGAGAAGGGAACCUACAGGCAGCUUGUUGCUAUGAAGGGCUUGGUCUUUGAUCUUAUCAAAACCGCUGGCCAAGACAGCUCUGGGCCGAGCUCCCAAUCUGUAUCCCCCACAGACAGCGGCAGCGAAACAUCUACCAUCAUUGAUGCCGAGGGCAGCAGCCAAGAAAAAGAUACUAUCGAGGAAGCCCAGGAAGGGUUGAGUAUGCUCCAGUCUAUCAAACCAGGUCCCAGUCAAUCGUCCCCCUCGAAACCCAAGGCUAGGACGGGCAGCAACACCACCCUCAGACGUGCCAGUGCCGCCAGCUUCAGGGGCCCAAGGGGCAAGCUCACCGACGAGGAGAACCCUAGCAGGACCAAGCAGGCAAAGGAGCACUCCGAACAGGGCAAAGUCAAGUGGUCAGUUUACACCGAGUAUGCCAAAACUGCUAAUCUCGCAGCCGUUGGUGUCUACCUGAUCACACUCAUCGCUGCUCAAACUGCGGGAAUUGGUGAGUCAACGAGAACACCAAGAACGGCUCCAAUCUCAAUGCUGGCAGGUAUCUUGGCUUCUAUCUCGUGUUCGGCGUCGGCGCUGCCGCCCUUACCGUGGUGCAAACGCUUGUUCUUUGGAUCUUCUGCUCUAUUGAGGCAUCGAGAAAGUUGCACGAGAGGAUGGCAACGGCGAUCUUCAGGUCGCCCAUGUCCUUUUUCGACGUCACACCGGCCGGCCGCAUUCUCAAUAGGUUCUCAAGGUGACAUCUAUCGUGUCGACGAGGUGAUUGCCCGGACCUUCAACAUGUUGUUCAACAACCUGGCAAAGUCCGCCUUCACGCUAGUCAUGAUCUCGGUCACUGUACCUCCCUUCAUUGCCCUGAUAGUUCCCCUCAGCGCCAUGUACAUCUUCAUCCAGCGGUACUACCUGCGCACAUCCCGUGAGCUCAAGAGACUUGACAGCGUGAGCCGAAGUCCUAUCUAUGCGCACUUUCAAGAGUCACUCGGCGGUGUCUCGACCAUCCGAGCGUACCGUCAGCAGGACAGGUUCGAGGUCGAUAACGAGUGGAGGGUAGAUGCCAAUUUGCGAGCUUACUUCCCCUCCAUCAGCGCCAACAGAUGGUUGGCGGUGAGACUCGAGUUUAUUGGCGCCGUAGUGAUUCUGGCCGCCGCUGGCUUCGCCGUCAUGUCGGUCGUCAAUGGCAGCGGGCUGUCGGCAGGAUGGGUUGGUUUUGCCAUGUCUUAUGCCCUGCAGAUUACCACGUCCCUCAACUGGAUCGUCCGUCAGACGGUCGAGGUCGAGACCAACAUUGUGUCUGUAGAGCGCGUGCUUGAAUAUGCCCAGCUGCCAAGCGAGGCCCCUGAAAUCGUUCAUCGCAAUCGGCCGCCUGUCAGUUGGCCGGCCCGCGGCGAAGUCGAGUUCAACAACUACAGCACUCGUUACCGCGAGGGUCUUGAUUUGGUUCUCAAGAACAUUAACCUGGACAUCAAGUCGCACGAGAAGAUUGGUGUCGUGGGACGUACCGGAGCCGGUAAAUCCUCGCUGACCCUAGCCCUCUUCAGGAUCAUCGAGCCCGACACGGGCAACAUCACCAUCGAUGGCCUCAACACCUCAAGCAUUGGCCUCUUGGAUCUCAGACGUCGCCUGGCCAUCAUCCCUCAGGACGCCGCUCUAUUCGAGGGCACUGUUCGGGACAACCUCGACCCCGGCCACGUCCACGAUGACACCGAACUCUGGAGUGUUCUCGAACAUGCCCGGCUAAAGGACCACGUCGCUUCCAUGGAGGGUGGUUUGGAGGCUAAGAUUCACGAAGGAGGAUCCAACCUAUCCCAAGGCCAACGCCAACUAGUCUCCCUUGCAAGAGCCAUGCUCACCCCGUCUAACAUUUUGGUUUUGGAUGAAGCCACUGCCGCGGUGGACGUCCAGACUGAUGCGCUGUUGCAGAACACGCUGAGGGGACCAUUGUUUGCGAACAGGACGAUUAUCACUGUGGCGCACAGGAUUAAUACUAUUUUGGAUAGUGAUAGAGUCGUGGUGUUGGAGAGGGGGGAGGUGGUGGAGUUUGAUACGCCUGAGAGGUUGAUAGAGAAGAGGGGGGUAUUUUAUGGGUUGGUUAGGGAGGCGGGGUUGGCGGAGGAGUAA